AAAAAAAAAAAGGUCUGAAAAUAGGGUCAACUGGGCUGGCCCAUUCUCUAGCUCGAUUAUAUUGUGCUUCCAAUUACUGGCUUUACUAUUCUCCGGUCUCACAAGUUUGGUCGUCGCCAUUUGCUUCUCGCUUUGAUUUCUCCAGUUCAUUUGAAAAAUGUCAGGAAAGUACAUCAUCGGAUCUCUCCUGGCAACCUUUGGAGUUGCAUAUGUUUGUGACACCACUAUUUCUGACAAAAAGAUAUUUGGAGGUACCACUCCUGGAACUGUUUCAAACAAGGGAUGGUGGGAAGAAACUGACAAGAAAUUCCAGGCCUGGCCUCGCACUGCAGGACCUCCUGUUGUCAUGAACCCCAUCAGUCGCCAGAAUUUCAUUGUCAAAUCUCAGUCAGAAUAGUGAAAAGGGUUUUGCCUUGGGCAUAUAAGUUGAUGAGAUGAGUGUCUUUCCCUUAUCGACAAAGUCAUUCUAAUAAGUUUAUGUAAGAUUGGCCUGUUAUUCUUGUUUCUGGCGUGGUUGAAGGUCUAUCAAACCAUGGCUGGCAAUUUUUGUGACAAAUUUCCUUUGUUUUGUGGUUAUUUAGAAUUGGCCCCUUAUUCAAAAUUCAAAAUGCAAGCUCCUGAUAACACAUCUGGGUGUUGCUCUUGUUAUA